AGGGGGCAAUUUUGCGGAAAAGUAUGCAAAAGUGGUGAAAUGGUAGGUUGCCAGAUCGGAGUUCUGCCCACAAUCCUCUCAGUCGCGGCGCGUGCCAUCUUCAGUGUGGUGGAGGAAGUGUGAGCCAGCAGCACUCAGAGGUCCCGCAGCGAUGACCUAAUUCUUUGACAAAUCCGGAGUUUGGUCAAUUUUGGCUGCCUGUGGCUGCUGAUAUUCAGUAGAAAUACGUUCCUGGCCACCUCUGGACAAUGUGCAUAGCACCACAAUAAGUGUUCCAGCCGCACCGUUCACCCUAAUAGCCCAAAAAUGUGCUCGCCCAACUAGGAGGCAUCUGUGAAACAAGUGCAUUGCAUAAUCGUAAUCAAGGCGCGACAUUUUGACGUGAGGUGUGCGCGAUGGCCGUGUUUUUGAUCAAUAUUUGUAAGUUCAAUGGAUGCGGAAUAACAUUUCCCAAUCUGUACAGCCUCAUACAGCACAUCGAGGAUACGCAUAUUGAUUACGAUCCGAAGGCGAUAGAGUUGAAGGAGCAGCAACAGCCACCAUGUCUACCCCUGAGUUAUGUUCUGCGCUUCAUCACGGACGCCGCUCGCAAGGAGGCCUCCUUCCUGGCCACCUCCGGCGCGGACAUCAAGCGGAAACUGACCACGAAACAUCACAAUAGCUACAGCGCCUCUUCCUCGAACCGCAGCAACACACCCACCGGCAGUGAGAUGGACGAAGAGGAGAUGAUGGUGUCCGAGUCGGAGGACAGCAACGACUCGUGGACAACGGAGGAGUUCAGCUCGGAAUUCAUCAUGAGAUAUGGAAGCCGGCAUUCCGGAAAUCAGGGUUCCAGCUCGCUGAACGAGAAACCAUUCGCUUGUCCCGUGCCUGGAUGCAAGAAGCGCUACAAGAAUGUGAACGGUAUUAAGUACCAUUCGAAAAAUGGCCACAAGAAAGAUGGAAAGGUUCGGAAGGGCUACAAAUGUCACUGCGGCAAGAGCUACAAGACAUCACAAGGGCUGAAGAGUCACACAGUCCUGGCGCACAACACGACUAGCAUGGGCGCUCAGCCGCCGGGAUCGGUCUCGCCAACGGGCAGCAACUGCAGCAAUACGUCCGGCAGCAGCAACUGCAUUAGUCAGGGCACGGGUCAAUCGGGCGGCACUCUAAGUGCCCCCCAGCUGAACACCAAUGGUUCAAUACAGCUGUCGCCAACAUCACCGCUCUCCAGCAUCACAGUCAGUGGUGGCAACAGUGUGAGCAGCUCUCCGCUCAAGAAUAGCUUCGGAUUGAUAACGAUCAAGGCGAAACCGGGCCUCGUUGGGGUGACAAACAAGCUGGUGAAGCUUGUGCCUGAGAUUCCAGUCAGUGGUGGCGACAAGAUUGGCAAGACGCUGGACGCGAGGAGUCUGGGCGUUCCAGUGACGGCGGCGACGGCCACGAAAAUGAGCUUGCCCGGUCUCGUGAACUUGGGCAUUUUGACUCCAGCUACCUCGCCAAAACCCCUAUCGCAACUACCCACCCAGUCUUCGGUGGCGCAGCCACAGCAGCAGCAGUUGUCUGUCCCGAGCCAGCAGACAGGCCAGGCGACCACGACAGCCACGGCCACGGUGACGGCCGAAUUGCUCCCUCUCACACCCAUAAGUCCCAACAUGAGCGUCAAUUUCACAACUCCAGGUACCAGUAAAAGUAGUUCAGACGAUACGUAGCCUAUACUAAAAACGUUGCUUAUGCGGAAGAAAUAGUAGUUGAUGAGUUGUUCACUGUCCGUGUCUAAGACUUGUGUUAUACUUCCUUUCCUAUCUAUUCAUUCUUUUUAUAAAAAAAAGCAGAAAACUUGAGCUUCAUUUUAUCCUAAUCUUUGCACUACUAUAAGUUCCAGAAAUCACCAAAGAUAUCUUAAGAUAAUGUCUGAGGCUAUUUUGCGAGAAAAAAAUGAGAAAGAGAGAAAAGCGGAGAAGUAAGCAAAAUUCUUCCAUUUGGCUAUUUUUUCGUGCUCUGGCUAAAGCGUGGCUGAAAGGAAAUACGCUCUAGUUCUUUAGGUGUUCAAAUUGGAUCCUUUUUUUUGGCAAGAAAGGUGAAGAUAUUGCUUACCAAAGGAA